UAAUUGUUGUGAUAAACUUAUUAAAUAGGUUCUGUUAACUGAAUAUUCAAAUAUACAAAUAAUGGCAGCCAUUCGAGAAAUUAAACCCGGAGAAGACCCGUCCGCAGUUUUCGCUGCAAUGAGCAAUUCGGCAAAUUCUAGUGAUGAUGAUUACGAAGAAAGUGAUGAUGAUCUUUACGAUGACGAAGAUGAUGACGAGGACUACGACGUGGAUGAUGAGUUCAGUAUCUAUUCAAAAAUUACUGAAGGUCGCGUGUCAGCAAAAGUACUCGAUAAACUCAGACAAGAGCGCAAAGCAACGCGAGUUAUGCGGAUUCCGUCAUUUUGUCACGACGAUGAUGAUAAUUUUGAAACAGAAUGCGGACAUUGUACAUGUGACAAGCACAAGAAAAUCUUAUCCUUCAUGGACGCAUGUGUAAAACUUGGAUUCCAACUGCUGUCUUCUGAUUUCGAAAAAUCGUUUAAACCUCUUCAGAAUGCGUUUCAUUCCAGUCAGAAAUCAACUCCAAUCAAACAGCUGAACGGCGUCGCCUUGAGUGUGAAGCGAGUGUGCAACUAUGCUCUGGAGCAGUCGUGUAACGGUUAUAUUGAAAAAUUUAAGAAAUUUAUCCAGAAAGAGAUGGCUGACCCAGAUUUGGAGCAUAUUGAGUUUUUAAUUGAAAUGCAUUUCGAAAUGAAAGAAAAUUUUGACUGCUACAGUAAAAACUACGUGUUGUUGCUCGCAAUUGCAAACCAAUUGAAACCAGCGUAUAACGAAGCUGUAGCUUAUAGAGUCAGUUCUAAAGCCUUCAAAGAAUCACAGGCUAUCGAUAGGUUUUUGAAAACGCAGGAGGAUAUCAAAAAUGCCCUUAUUCACUAUGAAAAAGUAUUGGCCGAGAUUAAAGAAAAAUUUGACGAACAACAUGAUCUGAACUUAGAGUUGCCGAAUACUCCUGAGUCUAUUCGAAGUCUAAUGACUGGAUCGUUCUGGACCAGUGUUGAGUGUGACCACCAGCAGGCUGAGUUGGAGAGCAGCUCAGAACACAUUGACGUCCGCAGUUUCGAGUUGGAACUAGAGCAGGAAAGCUCCAAGACAUCUCAAGGAGGAACGAAUGCCAGUGGAGGAAAGGGAAAGAAAAACAGUAAAAUAUCUGGUUCAAAUGAAGUGAUUUCAACUAAUGAGGCUCAGAAACCGGAGAAAGCUAAAAAGACCCGCAAGAAAACACAGACGAAAACCAGGGCCGAAUUUUCGCCCUGUGUAGAGGGUUCAUGUGUUUCAAAGGGCAACUAUUCGAGCAGAGAAAGGCUUCUAAAAACUGUGCACAGUACUACAAUGCAUUGCGAACGGGCUUUUAAGAUCAAAAAUCACAAUCCACAGGGCAAGAAGUGCAGUAAUAACAGUUCAAGAGAACGAAGUGCAUCUUCGACCAGAAAAUCGGGAACUGAUUCUCCAUUGAGCCGCCGCAUCUCUAUUUCGGAUAAGCUGAAGCACUCUUGUCUGGUCAGGAAUUUUGAUUGCUGUGACGGGAAACUUGAGGUGGAACUAAAAGACGAAACCAAGAAUGAAAGCGAAGUAACGAGACCCGAAGAAGAAACACCUGAAGUUAAUCCUGAAGCGGACACAGUAGAUCAGAUAAGUGAUGAAAAGCCGCCUUCGCCGGGAACCUUUUUCCGCCCAGAAGAUUAUUUGGACGAGUUUGACGAAAUUGAUGUGGGCGAUAUGUCCGAGUUCAUUACUGUGAACAGCAAGCGAAACAACAACAAAAAUAAAGGAGGUAAUAAGUCGAACAGUUUCGAUGUUAACUCGUUUUCUUCUGACGCGAAUAGUAAGAAAUCUGAUCCUUUUCAAAGUGAUGAUUUCGGACAAAAUUCUAGUUUUCAUAAAGGGCGCGGUUUGAAACCUUAUAACCCUGUGAUCGGUAAUAACACAAUUGUAAUGAAUGGUCAAAUUGAUAGCGUGGCGUCUAAAGCGUUUGAUGCUCUUGGUUCAACAACUAAUUCGAUGACUGUAAGUCAAAAAAUGAUGGCCUUAAUGUCCUCGGAGCCCAAACCGCAGAUGCCCGUUUUUGUUCAACCGGAAAACUCUUCGGUACAGGAAGUGCGCAAGCCUUCCGAAGACGACCAGUCUAAUGGAGAUUCCAGCAAAGCCGACAAUACCGAUUCAAUCGUAAGUUGUCAAUCUGAGAUAGGAUCUGGCAACGUUGAUAUAGCUUUUGGUAACGGGCCCUUUUUGGUCAAUAAGCCGAAACCUAUAAGCAAACCAGUGGCUACAGUUGAUCCCUGCAAGUCAGACAAGCCUUCGGUUGUUACCACUUCAGCUAAAAGUGUGGAUAAAUGGAACUCUGUCGGUCUUUUUUCUAGUGGUGAUCCAGGAAGUAAUGAGAAUUUAGAUCCCCCAAUUUUUCAAGGCUACUCCCCCUUUAACGGGACUGAUAGAUUGAGGGCUGUACAAGACUCAAUGGCGCAAUACACGAACAAAAAUAUCACCCCGAAGCCCAACGAGUUUGACAACAGUGUGAAGGAGCCUAUAACUAGCGAUUUGGGGUUUUCUGGAUUUUCUAAUGCGACAAUAUACACUGGAAUAUUUUCCAAUCCGACUUCUAUUUCGAAAGAAAACAGUACUUUUAAUGGAAGAUUUGGCACAAGACCGCCCGGAUUUGACAUAGCGAGUGAUUUGUUAAAAUGUGGAACGUUAGAUUACAGAGCUAAAAACGAGUUGUCACCUGACUUGGACCUGAAGUCAAAUUUGAAUCCGACUGCUAGUGUUUUCAACCCCACAGUAGCAAACGCCCAUCCAAUCUCUAAAGAUUUUUUUCCUUCGGCAAAUCCACCUGGCUCACUAUUCCAGCGAAGUAACAGUACGCCGGACGCCCCGUUUUUGUCCAAACCUCCGAUGACCUCCAAUUUUGCGACUGAGAUGCCGCGCGUGAGUUCGAUUCCCAGCCGCGCCAAAGAAGACACCACGUCCCAUUUUUUCCCACCAAAAAACCCGACGUUGUCUAGAGUAGAUUUUCUGAAAUUAUACAAGGAGCAAAUGCAUUUACAUUUGCGGUUCGUCAACUCCGAAAUCGAUGGUGUGAGAACGAAGUUGAUGCUUUUGGAAAAGCUCAAGAAUCAUACGACUCAUAUUGAGGACUUCGAAAUUAGUGGCUUACUGGUUGAGUUGCAAGCUCGCAUGAAGGAUCUGCGGGAUGGGGGAGACAACAUCUACUGUCUAUACAAACACAACAUUAGGUUGCUGAGUUCUUUCGACGUUUCAUACGAUCAACUAUUUCCCAUUGAAUCCGCCGACAGCGCCAUCGCCAGUCCCAAUGCAAAGCUGGAACGACUUUUUACAGCCGUCUCUUUUUCAUAGCUGCUCAACUCACCAUUAGCGUCUAAACCCUUUCUUUUAUCAACUGUUCGUGGGUCUUGUAAGAACAUUUAAUGCUUGUUUAUAUUGUUGUUUCGCUUUUGCUCUGCAGCGACUGAGAGACAACUGACAUAACAAACAGUGAGAUUUUGUUUUCAGUUUUUUUUUGACUCGCAAUAAAUGUAGAAAAAUCAUUUCGCUUA